GGAUAAGGGUAUUAGGAGUUAAGCCAAGAAAGGUAGGUGGGUGGCUGUUGUGAAGGCUUUUGAGUACCAGACUGAGGAGUUUGUACCCAAUUCAGGGAUCUAUUGGAAACCAACCACUGAAAGUGCUGGAGUAGGGAGAAUUCUGAUCCUUAUGAUGAACGAUCUGGAUCUUUGCAGCUGUUUGGUGAUACAAGAGUUGAAGAUCCAUUAAAAUGCCACUUCCAGAAGUAAAAUUUAAUUUUAAAGGGAAAGUUUAGGUGGGAAGUAAUAAAAGUCUCAACUCUAAACAGGACUUUAGGAAUUGGAUGUGUGGGGGACAGAGAGGGUAUUUGAAAAAUGUUAUUCAUGCAUGGUAAGUAAAGCAUGUGGUCACUGACAAGUUAGUGGAAGCGCCACUGCUGCUGACUCCAGCUAGUGUCCCCAACCUCUGACUUUAAAAAAAUUCUCAGCUUGUUCCAUGGGCCACAAAAAUUCUACCCAUCCAUUAUCCUGAUGUGAAUCAGCUUUCAAUAGGGCCUGAGAGCCUGUAAACUUCUUUGUUUCCCAUUCAAGAUGCCACUUUCAGACUUUGUUCUGGCCCUGAAGGACAAUCCCUACUUUGGGGCUGGAUUUGGCCUGGUUGGUGUGGGCACAGCCCUAGCCCUGGCCCGAAAGGGUGCCCAAUUGGGCCUGGUGGCAUUCCGGCGCCAUUACAUGAUCACACUGGAAGUCCCUGCUCGAGACAGGAGCUAUGCUUGGUUGCUUAGCUGGCUUACCCGCCACAGUACCCGUACUCAGCACCUCAGCGUGGAAACUUCAUACCUUCAGCACGAGAGUGGUCGGAUCUCCACCAAGUUUGAAUUUGUUCCCAGCCCUGGAAACCACUUUAUCUGGUAUCAGGGCAAAUGGAUCCAGGUAAAACGAAGUCGAGAAAUGCAGAUGAUAGACUUGCAGACCGGGACUCCUUGGGAAUCUGUCACCUUCACAGCUUUGGGCACUGACCGCAAGAUUUUCUUCAACAUCCUGGAGGAAGCUCGAGAGCUAGCCUUGCAACAGGAGGAAGGAAAGACCGUGAUGUACACAGCUGUGGGCUCUGAAUGGCGCCCCUUUGGCUAUCCACGCCGCCGCCGGCCACUGAAUUCUGUGGUUCUACAGCAUGGUCUGGCUGACCGAAUUGUCAGAGACAUCCGGGAAUUCAUUGAUAACCCCAAGUGGUACAUUGAUAGAGGUAUUCCCUAUAGACGUGGCUACCUGCUUUAUGGACCCCCUGGUUGUGGAAAGAGCAGUUUUAUCACAGCCCUGGCUGGGGAACUGGAACAUAGCAUCUGUCUGCUGAGUCUCACAGACUCUAGCCUCUCUGAUGACCGGCUCAAUUACCUGCUGAGUGUGGCUCCACAGCAAAGUCUGGUGCUCCUGGAGGAUGUGGAUGCUGCUUUUCUCAGUCGAGACUUGGCUGCAGAGAACCCUGUGAAGUACCAAGGUCUAGGUCGUCUUACCUUCAGUGGAUUGCUCAAUGCCUUGGAUGGAGUGGCUUCCACUGAGGCACGCAUUGUGUUCAUGACCACCAACCAUGUUGAUAGGCUGGACCCUGCCCUGAUACGCCCUGGGAGAGUAGAUCUGAAGGAGUACGUGGGCUACUGUUCACACUGGCAGCUGAUCCAGAUGUUCCAGAGGUUCUAUCCAGGGCAAGCACCUUCUUUAGCUGAAACCUUUGCAGAUCAUGUCCUUCAAGCUACAACCCAGAUCAGUCCAGCCCAAGUGCAGGGCUACUUCAUGUUGUAUAAAAAUGACCCCACAGGGGCAAUUCAGAAUACCGAGUCUCUGAGGUAAUCAGCCAGGCUGUGCUGGGCUCUCCUCCUAGAGGAAAUCAAUAAACACUUGCCAUACUA